AUGGAUCCUGAAGCCUGUAGUCGCGCCUGUGUAGCCAGCUCUACCUGCAAAGGAAGUCUAUACAGUGCGCAACCGGCGAACCGCAGGGCUCCGUGUUUCCUGUAUUCGGGUGCCACUGAGCCGGUGCUUGAAGAUAUGGAUCGUGUGUUGUGGAUGUCGUAUCGGAAGGUUUCGCCUUUGGACCCGGUUGAUUGUAAGGAGGAGCUUGAGUUGGUAGGGGAGUUGGAGGAUAAGGUCAGUGGUUUACAGAGGGAGAUGGAGCAGCUGAAAAAGGACUUGGAAGCUUGCCAGGCCUCUAGUGGUGGCGAGGAAGGAGAUGGAGGCGAUAACGGAGGAGGGGAAGAGGGAGGUGAAAAGGGUGGUAACGACGGCGGUUCAGGAACUGGACUAAAUGAUGCUGUCCUCGAAAUGAUGAAAACGUCUUUAGCUAUGAGAGUAGAAGAUGGGAGCUGCACUGUGACAGAUAUACCCGUUAUGGAACCGGUGCGAACAAUGACCUUUGCAGGGAUUCCCCCUACCUCAGUAUUGGAGAAUGUAUUCACCAGUGCUCCCAAAUACCCAAGUAAUGACGCUGUCGCUAUGCACGGUGCUGCCGUUGCUGUCGAAGUCUCCCCGCAUUCGAAGUGCUUCAUAUUGUUGGAAGAUCUCGAGAUUGGAAGUGUCGGUUGCUUUAUUCUGAAGGUUACGAGUAUGAGUGGCCGGUUUGGCGCUGAGCUCUGGGACCCAUCUCCUUGCCAAAUCAUCAACGUUUGA